AUGGAUCAAGUUACUCAAUUCUUAUCACAUAUUGAUUCUAAAACUAUUGGUAUUACACCAUUAAAUCACUUUGAAGCUCAAUCAGGAUUACCAAGAUCUUAUGCUGUUCUUGGUGUUGUCGCUGUUUAUUUUGUAUUAAUCUUCUUAAAUGUUGGAGGUAUUGGUCAAUUGUUAUCUAACAUUGCUGGUUUUGUUGUUCCAGGUUACUAUUCAUUAGUUGCUUUACAAACUACCACUACUGCCGAUGAUACUCAAUUAUUAACUUAUUGGGUGGUUUUCGCCUUCUUAAACGUUGUCGAAUUCUGGUCUAAAGCUAUCUUAUACUGGAUUCCAUUCUACUGGUUAUUCAAAACCAUUUUCCUUUUAUAUAUCGGUAUCCCAGUUACUGGAGGUGCUGUUCAAGUUUAUAAUGGAAUUGUUGCUCCAAUUGCCGAAAGAGUUGUUGGAGGUGGUAAAGGUAUUGCCUCUGAAAUCAAUGACGCUGCUUCAGGUGUCAGUAGUGCUGUCGAUUACUAA